UAAUUACGAACAUUCAGCCAGACACACCAUGAUGAGCUUCACUUUAGUCGCCUCCAUUCUAUACAGCCUCAGCUGGAUCUCUGUCUCGCUUUCUGAGUAUCAGACUGUGGAGGCUCAGCCUGGUGAAGAAGUCACACUGAGGAUUACGAAUAUGACCAAAUAUGACACUGCGACAUUCUGGUUCAGGCUGGUCAAUAGAACCAACACCAGCUGUAUCUCUAUCAUGUUAAAAACUACAGUUGAAUUAUGUGAUGGAUAUGACAGCAGAAGAUUUGAAAUGAGCUCCGACAUCUCCACUGUCUCUCUCAAAAUCAAACAUGUGGAUUCAUCUGACUCUGGACUGUAUUUAUGUGGAUUUUACAAUUCUGGAAAACCACAUUUCAGUGUGAUACGCUUAAAUGUAAAAGGUAGUGAUGAGCCACAUGAUGACGUGAUCAGCAAGUGUACAAUUGAGUCUAACGGAGUUGCAAAGAUGACGAGUGCGAUCCUGGGUGGUCUGACUGUUUGCCUUCUAAUGGUCAUUAUCGUUCUCGUUGUUCAAAACAGGAAACUGCAGACAGCUGAUAAAGAAGAUCACAAUCCACAGCAAAGUGAGAACGUGAGCUGUGAUGAGCUGAACUACGCAGCAGUGACAUUUCGACCAAAAGCAAAAAGGAGAGCGCCUGAGCCAAAUGUUGUUUAUGCUGCCACCAGAUAGACUCAGGAGGCAACUGGAAAUGAUGCUGUGUCAUGUUAAUAUGCUUUGAUUGUGACAGCAAGAACCACUGAUACCAACACAUUUCAUUUUGCAAUAAAGAUCUGAUGUUCAUACAUGUCAA